AAUAUACUUCAGGUGUAUUUGCUUAAUAAGCUUUGAUUAAAAUUUUUAAAUUUUUUGAUUUGUCGAAUAGUGGUUUUCUAUGUAAAAAUUAAUUUUUUAGAGGUUUAGCUAAGCUGGGAGUUGUUCCUCAAAUUUAAGAUACAGACAAAAUAUUUGCAUGCUUUGAUAAAAAUGAAACCGAAAAAAUUGACUAUAAAGAAUUUGUUUAAAAUAUUAUGCAAAUAAGCGAUUUUUCAAAUAUAAUUCCUGAUAAAAUAUCAAAGUAAUAUUUUUUUAUUAAAAUUUUUAAAUAUAAAAAAAGUUGCAAAAAAUAAGAAAAUAUUGGAUAUUAAAAAAAUAAACUUCCUAAAAAUUAUUAAUAAGUCUGUUAAUAGUUUUGUUAAAAAGUAUAAUAAAUAUUAAAAUAAAGAGGAUUAGCAAGUUUAUUAGGAUUAGGAAUUAUGUUCAAAAGUAUGACUUUAAAUGGAAAAAAGUAAAUAAAUUAAGAUCAAUUCGAAAACGCUAUAAGAGAAUAUAAAAUAUAUGAAGAAGCUGAUGUACUUAAUCAAGUAUUUUAAUUUUUUGAUAAGCAUGAUAAUGGUUUAAUUAAUUAUGAGGACUUCUUAAAUUAUAUUAAGAUGCCAUAUAAUAAUUAUAGAACAAGCUUAGUUACUCAAAUAUUUAAUUAAUUAGACAGGGCAAAUGUAGGUGUAAUUAAUAAUUAUUUGAUAAAAUCAAGUUUUAACCCUUAAGCCCAUCCAGAUGUACUUUAGAAUAAGAAAUCUUAGGAAGAUGUAAAUUUAGAAUUUAGAAGUUGCUUUGAAAGUUAUUUAGAUUAUAGAGUAAAAAAAAAAAAGAUUAUAUUAUACUAAUAAAAAACAAAAAUCAAGGAUAUUUUAGAUGAUAAAAUGACUAUGGAAGAUUUUUUAGAUUUCUAUUCUUUUUAAAUUCAUCAUUGGUUAAAAGAUGAAGAUUUUAAAAACUAUAUUAUUUCUGUUUGGAGAUAAGACUCUUAUUAAAAAAGCGUUUGUAAAUAAUAAUAAUAAUAAUAAUAAUAUUAGUAAUAGUAAUUUUCGCCUGCGUUUUAAAAUAAUUCACCUGCUAGGAAAUCUCUUUUAUAAUUAAAUAACACCGAGAAUUAAAGUAUUUAAUCAUAAAAAAGAUAAAUGUAAAAUUAAGAACAAUAAUUAAAUAAAGAAGCGUUAUCUUAAUUAUCAAAAUAAUAAUACAGCAGAAAUUCAAAAUAUAAAAAUAACGAAGAUACUAUUAGUAUAGCAUCUUAAGCUAGUUAAGCUACAAAUAGCAAAUAUAUGAGAGAUAAUAAUGUUUCUGAAAGAUAACUAGAACUUAUUCUAAUCAGAAUUAAAAAUAGAUUAGCAAGCAGAGGAGCUAAAGGAUUCUUAUAGAUGGAAAGGAUAUUCAAAGUUUUUCUUAAAAAUUAUUUUAUUUUUAAAUAUUUAAAAUAAAAAAAAUAGAUUGCUGAUACAGAUGACGAUGGAAGAGUUAAUUUGAAUGAAUUUAAAAAAUGUAUAAGAGAUUCUAGAAUAGAUGUAACUGAUUCAGAAAUCAAUAUUUCUUUUAAUUUGUUUGAUCCUGAAGAAAGUGGAACUAUUAACUUCUUUGACUUUUUAAAUACAUUGAAAGGAUAAAUGAAUGAAUUCAGAUUUAAUAUUGUAGACAGUAUUUUCGCAAAAAUCGAUUAUAAUAAUACUGGAAUUGUCACAAUUUAAGAUAUUCAAAGAUAAUUUAAUGCAAGAGCACAUCCUGAUGUAAAAACUACUAAAAAGCAUGAAGAUGAGGUUUAUUAAGACUUUUUUGCGAAUUUAGAGCUACAUAAUAAACUUUAUGUAUUUUUUUUUUUAUUUUUUUUUAUAAAUUUAAAAUAAAAGAGUGGAGUUGUUAAUUAAGAAAUUUCAAAAGAACAAUUUUUUGAUUAUUUCAAUAAUUAUAGUGCUUCUAUUUAAGAUGAUUAGUUUUUUGAAACUAUUCUAGUUAACACUUUUAAAUUAUCUUAAUAAAAUUAACUUACUAGUAAAUAUGCAGGUCAUAGAAAUAUGUUCGAUCCUCUUAAAAAAGGAUUUCUUUAAGAUCAUCAUAGAUAUCUUAUUAACGGAGGUUCUGUAAGUUCUAAUGCGCCUUAUGGUACAUUUUAAGAACCUACUGAUUAUGCUACUUAAUAAAGACCUUAUAGCACUUAAAGCAGAUAAUCCCCUGUAAGAUAAAAGAGUCAAUAAUAAUAUUAAAAUAGUUCUAAUGCAUUAUCUGAAUGUUAAGACGAAAUUGAUCCUUUAGAAGAAUUAAAAAAGAAACUUAAUUAAAGAGGAAUAAGAGGAUAUUUAAAAUUAUAUAGCAAAUUAAAAAGUGCUUAUAAUUAAAAGAAAAUAAGUUCUAGUGUUUUCGCAUAGUGUUUGUAAGAAUAAAGAAUUUAAUGUAAUGAAUGCGAAUUUAUAUUUUAAAAAUACUCGAAUUAAUAAGGUUUCGAUUUAGACUCCUUUUUUAAAGACCUUAAAGGAAAAAUAAAAGAAUAAAGAUAAGCAUUAAUAGUUUAUGCUUUCUAAAUAAUGGAUAAUAAUAGAUGCGGUGAAGUUUAAUUAGAUGAUGUUUUAUAAAAUUAUAACUGUUAAGAACACCCCUAUGUUAAAAUCGGAAAACUUACUGAAGAUGAAGUCUUAGUAGAUUUUUAAGAUUCUUUUGAAUCACAUUUGACUAUUUUUAAUUAAAGUAAUUUGAAUAAAGGAAAAGUUCAUUUUAAUGAAUUCUUUGAAUUCUAUCACAUUAUUAGCGCUACAAUUGAUGAUGAUUAGUUUUUCGAGGACAUGAUGGUCAAUUGUUGGAAUAUAUAAUUAUGA